AGGGGACAGCACACCUUGGCCGCGGUCAGCGAGGUGGAGGCUGGCGGAUGGCCACCAGCGAUGCCUACGUCCGUGGCACAGCCGUUGCGUCGGUCACCGUCGGCGGCGGUGGCGCGCCGGAGCCGCAGCACAACCUGCCCGCCAUAUCGCGAGGGCCAAGUGACCUUGGCGCUGUGAGCGGUGCAGCAAAGAACGGCCUCAUCCCGCUCAAUGUGGAGGCGAGCGACGCGGGCGUGGCCCGGCACGACAAGGCGUCGUCGUCGCCGCGCGCUGCCGCCUCCGGCACGCCGCUACGGCGCGCGCCGACCUGGGCCAUCACUGCCAACAGCCUCGCCUUCAUGUGCGUGCCGCGUGCGAUCCCGGCCUGCUUUGCGCAGACCGGGUGGACGGUGGGGAUGCUGGCGCUGGUGUACUCGUCGGUGGUGACGUACGACACGGGCCUCGUGCUGGGCGAGGUUUGCCGCCUCCGCCCAAAGAUCGGCAGCUACCCGGGCCUCUGCGGCGAGGCGCUCGCGGCCUGCGCGGCGCGGCGAGGCUGGUCUCCGCAGGCGUGGCGCGACGCGGGCGCCGGCUGCUGCCUGGUGCUGCAGUUCGCGACCUACUACCUGACCACGGUUGCGGAGCUCAUCUACUUUGAGCAGUUCUUCGGCCAGCUCUUCGACCAGUCUCGGCUCUGCCAGUGGCAGUGGCUGCUGGUCGCCGCCGCCGUCUCGCUGCCGGUGCUGCAGCUGCCGACGUACCACGAGACGCGGUGGGCGGCGGCGCUGCUCGGCCUGCUGCCGCUCGCGAUCAACGUCGCCGUCAUGUUCUACGAGGUGCUCCUCGUGCGGCCGUGGCGGUGCCAGCCAGGGCCGCGCUACGACGGUCUGCUCGGGGUUGCAGACGGGGGCGGCGCUCUCUCGGGCGGAGGAGAGGAGGCGCUCUCCAACGCAACCUCGCCGCAGGGCCGCGACCUGAACGACGUCUUCCUCGGCCUGUCCGCCUUCGCGUACGCCUUUGGCGGCCACGGCUUCUACCCCGAGGAGAUCCGCGAGAUGUCGACCCCGUCCGCGUGGCCGAGUGUGAUGAACUGGACGUACGGCGUCGCCAUCCCGCUCUACUGGGCGUGCGGCAUCGUGGGCUACUACGCGUACGGCGACUUCUCCUGGUCCAACAUCAACCUCAACUUCCCGCGCAACGCCGCAAACACCGCCUCCAUCGGCGUGCAGGUCGUGCAGGAGGUCUACUUCAUCCUGGUCGGCAACCUGGCGAGAUCUAGCCGAGAUCUAGCCGAGCUACAGCCGAGAUGCAGCGGGGGAGUACCUGGUCGGCAACCUGGCGACGAGGCCGCCCGACACAGAGACGCGACGUCUCGGGCCCUCCGCGAGCCUUGUCGGCUCCUUGAUCAUUAGUUGCCCGCCAGGUGAUGAUGCUCGACAUCGAGAUGCGACUCGGCAUCGACCCGACCGUCUGCUGCAGCGCGCCGCCAGACCCGCCGCCGAGGCACGAGUCGAGGCCGACCCCGCCGACACAGCCGCCCACGCCGCACUCGCCUGCGACGCACACGCCGACGGCGCGGCUGCGUUCGAUCGCCUCCGAGGACGAGCCGUCCGCGGGGAGGAGCGCGCCCUGGCCAGAGGCGGCCGCGGACGGGAGGGCGCACACCGGCGCCGAGGAGGAGAUCUCCUCUCGCGAGAUCUCGUCUCGCGCCGCCCGGUCCGCCCCGCUGCCCGUCGCGCGCGAGGAGGAGGACGCCGCCGCCGCCGCCGCGCGCCGAGGGUGGCCGCGGCCCCCGCCGUGGCUGCUGCGGCUGCUCGUGCGCUCGCUCUUCCUCGGCUCGCAGGUCUUUGUCGCGCAGCUGCUGCUCUCGGGGGAGGGGGACCGGCUGAUCGCGGUGCAGUCGCUGAUCGGCGCCAUCGGGAUGACGGCCUUCACCUACUUCCUGCCGUACGUGCUGCUCAUCGCGCUGGCGCCCGUCCCCCUCGGCGCGGGGCGGCUCGCCUGGAUGACGCUCAACAUCGCCGCCGGGCUGAUCGUGAUGUUUGCCGGCCUCGCCUCCUCGGUCGAGGAGCUGUACUCCUCCUCCUCGGGCUUCUUCGACGGCGAGUGCAGGCUCGAGUACACGUACUCGCCCGAGUCGCCCGACGACCCGUGCUUCCUCUCGGGGCUGCCUCAUGAGGCGGGGAGAUGACGCCGCCGGCGCGGAGCAAUGUGAUGCGCUGAGCUCGGGCGUUUUUUGUGACGGCAGUGACCUUUCCGCAGUCUGAACUCUGCGCCGAUGGAGUUACCGUGACGCAUCUGUGAGCUGUGAUCGUUAUAUGUGUCGAGGGAACACACACUGAGGCAGACGAGAAGAGGAGAGAGAGAGGACAAGAGAUUUCGCACGUUUGUCUUACCGGCCAUUUUUUGC